GAAAGGAAAAAAGAAAUAUUUCUAUAAUAGGAUUAUAAGCAACAGUGGUUUUGAUAAUCCAGUCAUUUCCAGCAAGCGAUUUCAAGCAAGCAGUUAAGGAAAAACUUUUAACACAAUGGAAACAAUUAAGCAAAAAUGGGUGGGAAAGUGGGUCCAUGAUGAAAAUGAAGAUAUGGAAGAAUUCUUGAAAGCUAUUGAUGCUACUUAUGAAGCUAAACAAAUGAUGGUGAACAGUAACCCGAUCAUUGAAAUCAGUCUCACCGGGGAUAACAUCCACUUUCGACAUGUACCAAAUCCAUCGAAAACAAACUUCGAUGUUGACUAUACAUUCCACCUAGAUAACAAAAAGGGAGAUGGUUUGAGAGUCCAAAGAUUGGAUUUUAGUCUGGAGUUUUCCUGGAACUCGGACAAGCUUAUUGUAAAAGUAACAAAUCCCAGUCAUGGAAUCAUCAGACCACAUCAGAUAGAAUAUAGCAUCAACGAAGAUGGCGAUUUACUUCAGGUCUGGAGAAAGAACAAUGUAAGUUGUACUUUCAAGUACGAAAAACAAUGAGGCGUAAGCUGGUUAAAAGCUGACAUUCCUGACAAAGUAGAUAGACAAAAAGCCACAAACAAUUUUUGCAAAGGCGGACAAAAUAUCCGUCAACACGCUAUUGAACUUUUAUUGUUGUUUUGGAAGGUUAUUUAUCAUACAUUGCAUAUUUUUUCAGUUGUAGACUUUCUUUUUUCUUAAAUAGGCAUUAUGACCAACAACAUUAUUCAUCUAUAUAACCAUUACAAAAUUAAAGAAAUUAACUCCAGAGGAGCAACAGCAACCACUAGAAAAUGUUUGUUUAAUUGUAAUAUGGUAACGUUUUAACCCAGUAAAAACAGCUGAUAUAGAUUAUCAGUAAAACUUAUAUGAGUAGAUAAUUAAGUAUGGCAUCAUGGCCAAAAACAUGAAUCAACUUAUUCAUGUACGUCAAUAAACAAAAUACAGUGCAGAAAUAAUUAUUUCUGAUUGGCCUUCUUGAAGCAAUACAUAAGCAUGGUUAAAGAUUUCAUAUAUAUAAAAGCUUAUAUUUUGGGAAUUAAAUGUAAAGCUGUUAGUGGAAAGUUCACCACAGUGAUUUCUAAAUCCCAGAUUUACUUUUUACGGCCAUAACCUCAUUUUGCACCUUAUAAGUAAUGCUUUUAUUUUAUUUUUAAUCAUUCUGCUGAAAUGUGCUGUGCAUAUUUCAAUGUAUAUAUUAUUUUCUUCAUUGUAAAACUGAAAUGCAUACUAGAAUACUCAUUUUCACUUUUUUUCUACCAAUUUCUACUUUUUAUAUUGUUCAUGUUGACCUACAUUCAUCUUGAAAUAAACUGUUCUGGAACCAAUAUCAUGCAGAGUUGUUUUGAAAUAACUCAUAAUGAUAUUGUGCAAAGUUUCACUGAAAUAAGACAUUACAAUGUCAUUCAAUGUAUUAUUGCAGCUUAGAAAAAAAUGAUCACCAACAUUUUUAAAGAGCAAAUUAUGAACACAAUGAUGAUAAGUCACUGCAAGAUGGAGUUGAUGUUAACUUGUGUCUGAUGUACCGUAAUAUGAGAUCGUUGGGCAUUCUAGAACAUGCAUGUUUUUGAACAUUUAUUAUAAUAUACGAUGAUUUUUUGCAGUAAUUGAAUGUUUGUACAAAAA